UGUGGCAUGCUCUCACCUAAGCUAAAAUGGAUGCAUUGACAAUCGUUGUUUCUGUGCUCAUAGCUCUUACUGUGUAUCUUUUUAUAAAGUUUUUGAGAGCUGAUGCUGACCUAACACUCCUUAGAUGCUCUUUAAAGAGGAAUUUCUUUAAAGACAAGGUAGUCUGGGUGACUGGAGCCUCCAGUGGCAUAGGAGAAGAGCUGUGUCGUCAGUUGUCCACUGAAGGUGCUAAACUGAUUCUCUCUGCCAGAUCAAUGGACAAACUUAAUGCUUUGUUAAAGAGUUUAGCUCAUCCAGAGAAUGCCCGUGCUUAUUACUUAGAUAUUUCUGAUAGAGAAUCAGUGAGGAGGGCCCCAAAAGAAGUUCAAUCUCUGUUUGAUAAAGUUGACAUACUCAUCAACAAUGCUGGAAUUUCAAUGAGAUGCACUUUUCUCGAUAUUGAAGAAGAUACAGCCAGAAAAGUAAUGGAGGUUGAUCUAUUGGGAACUUCGUUCUUAACAAAGGGUGUCAUUAAGACGUUCAUGUUACAGCAGGGCGGGGGACAUGUCGUCAAUGUCUCCUCUAUCUCUGGGAAAUUUGGAGCUCCUACCCGUUCGUAUUACUGUGCGUCAAAGUUUGGCUUAAAUGGUUUGAUGGAUGUUGUGAGACUUGAGCUGCUUGAUAAAAAUAUAUGUGUGACUAAUGUUUGUCCAGGUCCCGUGAAGACAGCCGUAUCAGAGAAUGCUAUGAAUCCUGGAGGCUCUCUCCAUGGGAAGAAGGAUCCUAUGAUUGAGAAUGGGAUGAAAGUUGAGAGGUGUGCUGAGCUGAUUCUCAUUGCUGUCUCUAAUGGAUUGCAUGAGGUAUGGAUCAGCCAUCAUCCUUACCUCUUGAUGACGUAUUUGUCACAGUGGUCUCCGUCACUUUUUCAUUUUUUGAUGAAAAUGUAUCGUCGUAAAAACUAAUAAUGCAUGUAAUGUAUUACGAUGGCCUGUUGUGUCUUUUGAGUUGUUUUGUUUGCUGCAGUUAUUUAAUUGUUGCUUAAUUCAUAAUAAUUAACUUCAUAACAUUACUAUCUUAUUCACAUAUGGCGUUAUAACAA